UGCUAGUAACUAUGCUAGUAACUCUGCUCGAAUUGCCAUCCGCUCGAGUUUUUUUUCUCGAGAUUUGUUGAUUAUUUGUAAAAUGUUAUUUGUGUGGUUUCUCAGUAAGCAUCGUUCGUGAAAAUACUAGGCAUGGGUUAAUUACGGGCGUUAUUUUAUUUUCUCUAAAGGAUUAAUGAUGGACAGUUAUAGUAUAGGCCCUAUUCUAAUUAGUUCUGACUCAGAAGAAAAUGAUGAUGAUAGUGAUGAUACGCCAUUGUAUAUAAGCGAUUCGCCACAGACGCCGUGUGGAGUAGCUAGGCCUAGGCUACCAAACAGGCCUAACUUUAGGAUCGGUGAGAAGAAACGAGCUAGACCCAAGUCUGUUCCUAGGCCUUUUAUUAUUCCUGGGCCUGCUAUCAUUAUUAGCGAUGAUGACAGUGAUUCAUCGCCUUCCCGGGAGGAAUGUGUAUCAUCACCGGAUUCGACAAAAGAAAACAAGUCUGUUGAGGAACUCCUUGCAAUUGAUUUUGAAGACAUCAAUGAUGCAAAUAAAUUUCAACCCAACAUCAUGGAAGCAUCAUCCUUGUUACCAUUUCCGGAAAGACACACGCUGUCACCAAAGAAUGUACAUAAUUACUACUCGGGUAUCAAAGGAUCCCCAACGCAAAAGCCUUAUGGCCACUUUAAACCAAGAUCUGAAACAUUGAAGUGUUUAAAAGAAAAACCAAUUAAAUCUAAAUCUAGAAAUAUAAUUUAUUCAAAGUCUAAAGACAGUUAUGUUAAUAAGCAGCAAGUCAGGCAUAAUUUAGUCAAGCCCAAGGUUGAGUCAAAACUAAUUACAGAAGGUGGUGUAGAGAGAAGUCAUUUUCGACACAAGCAGUUAUUGUCUUCUAGUUUGCCAAAUCACUUUGUUAAAGAUACGUACCUGGGUGAACGAUCGCUUGCAAAUAAUGGUAGACAACCAGAUGUCCUAGGUUUCUGUCACAUCCAGAAUAAUAUUAUUGAAGCUUUUACAGAAGAAGGUAUUGAAGUUGAAGGUGUCACGUUCAUUCAGGACUUUACAACAACACUAAGCAAGCCUGAAGAGCAUUGUCUGAAGUGUUUGUUAGACACUCUACUCAUGACUAAUGAAAAUAGAGAACUCACUUGCCAAACUUAUAGUGCUUUAAAACACAUACAGCGCCAUCACAAACUUACCAGAAAAGACUUCCCGGAAAACUGGGACCAAAUUAUGGACAUCAUAAAACCAUUAGCUAAUGACUGCAAUAAUUUAUUGAAUAGAAACAGACUUCUCUAUUUAGAUCUUUUAACAACUGUUUUAGAAGAGGAUCUCCACCAACAUAAAUUAGAGAACACAGUUAGACGUUCUUUUGUGUGGAUUAUGUUAUGUCCAGAAUAUAAAAUGUCCAAUAUAUCCAGUGUUGUGAACUUGUUACUCAUGGCUGUGCAAAGAACUUUUGGCAACUGUCAAGAUUCUAUACCUUUGCUCCCAGAAGAACUUCAACGUAUGCAACAGCAUGUUGUCUUCUUACUUCAGAAGUUAUUAGCAUUGUCAGUAAAUGUCUCAAGAUCCAAGGUUGAAGGAGCAAUGAAAAUUGCAGAGGAUUUAAUUUAUCCAUUCCGUAGUCUUUCAAAUAUGAUGCAUAGAAGGCAGAUACUUGAGACAAUAGAUUGUGACAUUUUACGGCAGAAAUUUAUAGAGUUAUGGCUGGAGAACUGCUGCGAACUCAAAGAUCCUAAUGGCAUUCUACCAGCAGCUAGUGAACCAAUGUCUGUUAAUAAGAUCGUCAAUCGUCAUUUUAGAUUUCAACCGUCAAAGGAAGUUGAGGAUGUUAGUUUAGCUUGCGAAGAGCUCAGUUUGGUGCACUACUUACUCUUAAAGUCAUACCUCAGAAAUUGUGCAGAGAAAAUAAACAAAGGCACCAAAGAUGAUGCAGCUUGUUAUUGUGGCAUGCAGUUAUCAAUUGAUGAUAAAACUUGGCUGGUUGGAAUUGGAGACACUGUCACUCAGCUAUGUUACCACCUCAAGUCAUUUGCCGAAUUGACACCAAAGACUCAGUUCUACCUUAACUGCAUAGAAGUCUUUCAGGAUCUAGUAGAUGGUUGAUAAAAAGGUCACAUAACCAAUCUCAGAGGUGUAACAGGACCAGUUUCAGAGAUGUCACAGUACCAGUCAGUUCUACCUGAACUGCAUAGAACUCUUUCAGGGCUUGGUGGAUGCUUUAUUAAGAAUCAGUCACCCACAUGUCUCUGGUGGUCACAAAGAGUUCAAACCAAAUAUUUUGUCAUCACAACAAUUACCUUGAACUAUGAAGAUAUCCAUACCAUUUAUUUAAAAACUUGUUUUAUUUUUUAUUACUCAAAUAUACAGUACAGUAGCUGUGAUUAGCCUUGCUGUAAUUUGUGUUAAAUCUUUUAUCAUAAGGUCAGAUCAUUUACAGACUUUUCAAAUUGUUGUAGUUUUUAUAAGUUUUUUCCAUGGUUUUAUACAAUUUUAUAUUUUAGAGUCAAAGAGGAUCAUUGUACAUUAAUGAUUUAAACAUUGAACAUUUAUUGAAGUCUAGUAGGCCAACUUGUAUAAUGUGAUGAAUGUACUGUAUGUAGUUGUGUUUGUGUGUAUCAGUGUGAGAGUGUAAUGGUUUAGUGUGAUAAUUUGUGCAUGAGUAAAGCUCUGUCAACAUUAUCAAAGUUGAUGUGACAAAUUUGUGUGAUGUGCCCAUAUAUGGGCAUGAUGGUGUCAUAUUAUAUCCAAAUAUGGGCAUUUCCCUUUUUUUUUUAUAGUAUGGGCAGAGCUUAUAUGUAGUCUGUUGAUGAGUGUGAUGGUAUUGGUGUAUGCAAGUGUAUGAGGUGUGUGUCAUACAUAUGUAUGGUAGAGAGUGUAUGCUUUAUUGUUUUACAAAUUAAGUUUUAAUUUAAAUGGUAUGCAUUUGACCAUUUGUGACCCAAACGGGCUGUAAACUCGCAUUGCACUGUAUUGAGAAACAAGCCUCAAUAAACAGAAUAGGGCGAAGAAUGUGAAUUUUGUGUGAAUUGAGUUUUUGUGUAAUAAAUAAAGUAUAACUAUUAAUCUUACUAUUCCUGAAGUUUGAGUUUAAAAUUCCAAUUGUAGGAGGUAAAAUUUAGCAAUUUUCGGAUGGGAGCUAAUGAAAAAUGAAUAGAAACCUGCCGAAAAUAAAAGCAUUUUUCUCAAAACUUGAUUUAAGAAAGUUGAUAAGAUAAAAAUUAUUCAAACGGUCAUAACUUUGCUUCCAGACACACGAUUGAGUUCAUUUAACUGUCAUUUUAAAGUAAAUGAUAUGUUCUGUGCCAUUAUAACAAAAACUCAUUUUGGCCUGAGGACGAGUUUACAGCCCGUUUGUGAGCUUGGGUCACAUUUCUUCUCUCAAGUUAUUUGUGCAUUAAUCACUAAGUGCCUCAUCCUUUCACCAGGACCAAUCGCUGAACAUUUAUCAUUGUUAUUGUUCAAUACAAGAUCAUAAUUAUCAAUUGUUAUCAUUUUCAUUUAUCAUUCAUUUCCAAACAUUGUAGAACAGAUAAUUGAUGGGCAGUUUGUUUCAAUGUUACUUGAAAGGUAAAUAUAGACUUUUUUAACUUUAAAAAUUUCAGACACAGAAGAAGUUUUAUUUGAGAAAUGUGUUAGUAGCUGUAACCAUGUAAAAGUCAAUGGUGGACUUCCAUUGGAAAUUCAUGAUAGAAAAUGGCUACGAAAGGAAUUUGUAAGAAUUUUUCAUAAUGGGAAUAUUCAACAAAUUGCUAUACUUUUAUAAAGUUUUUUUCCCCCUAAUCAGUGAUAGAUAACCUAUAGAUAAUGUGCUAGUUUUACAUGUGUAAAAUUUCUGUUUUUUGUAAUACAAUGCAUAUGGAAUGAUGGAAAAGUCUUAACGCUCCUUAGCUUGUAUCAAGUUAGCGUGUUAAUAAUUUUUCCCUUGUUACAAAGAACAGGAAAAAUAUGCUGUUAAGGAAAGCUAUUAAACAAAUAUUGUUGUAAAUAUGCUACUGUAUUAUAUAUAUUUAUGGAUAUUAAAUACUUUUGCAUUCUUUCAUACUGAUUUUACCUUAAACACAGGUAAAGUAUAUAUGGAAUAAUUUUGUUGUGUUUUCUGUGUUGAAUGGCAGUGUUGAUGAUAUUAAAAUUCUAGUCUAGA